AGACAGAGACAGAGAGCGAAAGAGAGAGCGAGAGAGGAACAGAGUGGAUGAGAGAGAGAAACAAAAAGAAACAGGGAGACUGAUAAAGUAUGAAGAGGAAGGAAAGCAAGAGAGAGAUACUGUAGUUUGAAGAGGAACAAAAGUUUUAAUUUGAAUUUCAGAGGGAAAUACAAGAGAGAGAGAGAGAGAGAAGGAAAGAGAGAGAAACACACUAAGGGGUGUGUCAUAGCAAUUUAGUUCCUCAAGGAAGUACAACUGACAUUUAUCUUGAGACGGUGGCGAGCAGCACUGAUAGAUGAGACACAGAGGGAUUUUAUUUUAUUUUCACCUGGUAAGAUGAAGGGAUUCCAUUAACGAGUGCUCAAUGCUGACAACCUGAGCCACGUGCCGUAGGGACUGAGACGUUUGACACGAAGGAGGGGGGGACUCUCUCAGGCACACACAGGUAAGGAUGGAGUCGUUCAGCUCCAAGGAUAUGGCCAUGCAGGCCCAGAAGAAGAUCCUCAGCCACAUGGCCAACAAGUCUGUGGUCCAUAUGUUCAUAGACGACACCAGCAGUGAGAUCCUGGACGAGCUCUACCGUGUUUCCAAAGAGUAUUCAGGCAACCGCUCAGAGGCCCAGAAGGUGGUGAAGGACCUGAUCAAGAUAGCAGUGAAGAUUGGCGUGCUGUUCAGACACAACCGUUUCAGCCCAGAGGAGCUGAGUCUGGCCCAGGACUUCAAGAAGAAGCUGCAUCAAGGAGCCAUGACAGCCAUCAGCUUCUAUGAGGUGGAGUUCACCUUUGACAAGACAGUAAUGUCGGAGAUCCUGACAGGAUGCAGAGAUCUGCUGUUGAAGCUAGUCGACUCCCACCUCACAUCCAAAUCCCAUGGUCGCAUCAACCACGUAUUCAACCAUUACUCCGAUCCAGAGCUUCUGACCAAGCUGUACAACCCCGAUGGACCCUUUAAACCCAACCUCACCAAAAUCUGCACCGGCCUCAACCGUCUGCUGGAGGAGGGAACGUUAUGAGAGUGUGAGCAAGUCUAUGAUUGUGAGAGAGACACUGGAAGAUCUGCUUGAUGGGGUCUGCUUAGAACUCGAGAGAAGACUGUGUGUAAGGACAGGAAGUGUCCAUGCUCUAAAUGAGAACUGGCAAGAUUUGUGACUCAAGUUUGACUUGAUGUUGUCACUCACUGAUCUGUUAUUUUCCAAAAAGGGUACUGUCCAAAGUGGAAAAAAUAUGAGAAUACGCAGGAUGAUGUAAAGUUAAUGUCUCCUGAUGAAUUGUGUCUCAACGAAUGGAGUUCCUGGAAAGUCAGGAUUAGGUUAAGAUUGUGUCAACCACCUGAUUUUUAUACAGUGGAAUUUCCGUCCAUGGUUUCACAUUCUCAUUUACUACUAUUCUAUUUUUUUCUGUUUUUUUUUCUCUCUCUUGACAUAUUAUGUACUGUAUAGGGAAAGAGAAACCUCAAGGAUUGCACAAUACUGACUGACAGAAUGAAAACAAGGGUUAAAAGCAAGCGGUGAAAUAUAAGAAUAGAGUACUACAAUCUAGUGGUCCAGCUGGCAAUGACUCAGUACUGCAUGUAUCGAAGAAAAUAUAAAAGCUUAUUUACAAAAACAGUGCACAUCUAUUGUGGAGAUACAAGACAGUCAUUUUAUAAGACCCAAAGAGAAACUGGAUUGGAAUAUUUAAGAACUGGCUAUAAAAUAAUUCAGCUUUAUUUGGGCCUUGUACAUCAUAGGAUUGGAAAAAAAUAAAAUGCCUUGUAAAUUGGUG